GAUGAACGUGCUAAGACCUCUAAACACAACAUAUUAACCCUAUUCAUUAAACGACUAAGCACCCUUGAUAAAUGCCAACCGGGCUGCCCAAGAGGACCAUCACUCCAUGGCAAUGUUUUCCAGCCAAAUUACUUCCACUCCUUUCUCAGUGCGGGACAUAUUGAACCUGGAGCAGAAUCAGGAGGACAUGGUCUCUCUGGACAUGUCUCAACGGCUGGACAGUGCUCUCCUUCCGACCUCAUCCUGCAUGCUGUCCACUUUCAAACAGGAGCAGUUCAUGGAAAUGCCAUCCGGAGCCUCUCUCUUCAGCGAAGACCUGCAUGACGACAAAGGCAACAAGAACUUCGGCACUGCUGCCUUUUAUGGGAAGACUUUCUUAGAGAUGGACUAUGUUAAAGACGCAAAGACGGAUGACACGUUUGAAGACAAAGAGAAAAAAGACAUCAGCUGCUCCCAGGAAGAUCCGAGUGAAGACCUGAAGCUGGAUGAUGCGGAUCGACCCAAACAGAGGAAGAGGAGGAAGCCUCGUGUUCUCUUCUCUCAAGCGCAGGUGUACGAGCUGGAGCGACGCUUCAAACAGCAGAAGUACCUCUCUGCACCUGAGAGAGACCAUUUAGCCAACGUGCUCAAGCUCACCUCCACACAGGUGAAGAUCUGGUUCCAGAACAGACGCUAUAAGUGCAAGAGGCAGCGUCAGGAUCAGACCCUGGAGAUGGUUGGCAUCGCCCCGCCGAGGCGCAUCUCGGUGCCGGUGCUGGUUCGGGAUGGGAAACCGUGCCUGGGAGACACGUCAACGUAUAACACCUCGUAUAAUGUGGGGAUCAAUCAUUUCACCUACAACACAUACCCUGCGUUUAGUAAUUUUCCGAGUCCGGGCAACACGAACUACUCAUGUAACUAUCCAUCGAGCAUGUCCAGCAUCCCGCCCUCGCAGUCAAACAGCAGCUACAUGAACUUUGGAGUUGGGGAUCUGAAUAACGUCCAGGCUUCUUUCCAGUCCAGCAACGGGGUUCCCUCACUACACGGCAUCCGAGCGUGGUGAAGAAAAAAAAAA